ACUACAUUUCCCAGAAUGACCAGCGCUCGAGUCUCUUGCCGAAAGUGUCAUCAGCAUAGUGUGCAGGAGCCGGCGGCGUGGGUCUUCUGUCUGAUUCGUGUGUAAAAAGUUAUCCACAACCGAAAUAGAAUGACGGAAAGAAAAGGAACAGCGAAGCUCGACUUCUUGAGGAAGAUCGAAGAGGAGAUCCAGCAGAAAUGGGAAAAGGAAAAAGCUUUUGAGUGUGAUGCACCAACGAUGCCCGAGGAGAAUCAAAAUAAAAGCAAGUACUUUGCUACGUUCCCUUACCCAUACAUGAAUGGAAAGCUUCAUCUUGGUCACACCUUCUGCCUCUCUAAGUGCGAAUUUGCAAUGGGGUACCAGCGUUUGAAAGGGAAGCAAUGCCUUUUCCCAUUUGGACUGCAUUGCACUGGAAUGCCCAUCAAAGCCUGUGCAGAUAAGUUGAAACGAGAGAUGGAGCUCUAUGGCAACCCACCUCAGUUUCCUGAUGAAGAGGAGGUAACUGAAGAGAAGCCAAAGGCAGCCGAAGAGAUUGUCAUCAAGGACAAGGCAAAGGGCAAGAAGAGUAAAGCAGCUGCAAAGGCUGGAGGUUCCAAGUUCCAGUGGGAUAUCAUGAAGUCGCUUGGACUCACUGACAAGGAGAUAGAAAAGUUUGCCAAUGCAGAGCACUGGCUGGACUAUUUCCCUCCUCUGGCAGUGAAGGACCUGAAGAAAAUGGGUUUGAAGGUGGACUGGCGUCGUUCCUUUAUCACAACUGAUAUCAACCCUUUCUAUGACUCCUUUGUGAGGUGGCAGUUUGUCACUUUGAAAGAGAGAAAAAAGAUCAAGUUUGGAAAGAGGUAUACUAUUUAUUCUCCAAAGGAUGGACAGCCAUGUAUGGACCAUGAUAGACAGACUGGAGAGGGAGUUGGCCCUCAAGAGUACACCCUUAUUAAAAUGAAGAUGGUUGAACCAUACCCAGCGAAACUAAGUGCUCUGAAAGGCAAGAAUGUGUUUCUGGUGGCAGCCACACUAAGGCCAGAAACCAUGUUCGGGCAGACCAACUGCUGGGUUAGGCCUGAUAUGAAAUACAUUGCCUUUGAGACAGCCAGCGGCGACGUGUUCAUCUGCACUCAGAGGUCAGCCAGGAACAUGGGUUACCAGGGCUUUACCAAGGAGAACGGAGUGGUUCCUGUUGUCAUGCAAAUCACGGGCCAGGACAUUCUUGGCUGUGCUUUGAGUGCCCCUCUCACUUCAAACAAGACCAUCUACGCCCUGCCAAUGCUCACUAUCAAGGAAGACAAAGGUACCGGAGUUGUCAGCAGCGUGCCGUCUGACUCUCCUGAUGACUUUGCCGCUCUAAGAGACAUCAAAAAGAAGCAGGCCCUGAGAGAAAAGUAUGGAAUUGAAGAUCAUAUGGUCCUUCCUUUUGAACCGGUGCCCAUCAUUGAGAUCCCAGGCUAUGGAAGCCUGUCUGCUUGUCUGAUAUGUGACGAACUGAAGAUUCAGAGUCAGAACGACCGAGAGAAGCUAGCUGAGGCCAAAGAGAGGCUCUACGUCAAAGGCUUCUAUGAAGGGAUCAUGUUGGUUGAUGGUUUUAAAGGGAAAAAAGUUCAAGAUGUGAAGAAGUCCAUUCAGAAGAUGAUGGUGGACAAGGGUGAGGCAUUGAUUUACAUGGAGCCUGAAAAGCAAGUGAUCUCUCGCUCAGCUGAUGAGUGCGUGGUGGCCCUGUGUGACCAGUGGUAUCUGGAUUACGGUGACAAAGAGUGGAAGCAGCAAGCCAUGAACGCCCUGGAGCCUCUGGAGACAUUCGGCGAUGAGACCAGGAAGAACUUUGAGGCUGCACUUGCUUGGCUUCAAGAGCAUGCCUGCUCUAGGACAUAUGGUUUAGGAACAAGGUUGCCAUGGGAUGAGCAGUGGCUGAUUGAGUCCCUGUCGGACUCCACCAUCUACAUGGCCUACUACACCGUGGCACACCUCCUCCAGGGAGGUGUUCUCAAUGGACAGGGACCCUCUCCUUUGGGAAUCAGACCAGAGCACAUGACCAGGGAGGUGUGGGACUAUAUUUUCUUCAAAACUGCACCUUUCCCCAAGACAACCAUCCCCAAGCAGCACCUACAGAGGCUGAGGACGGAGUUUGAGUACUGGUACCCUGUGGAUGUCCGUGUAUCUGGAAAAGACCUGGUGCCCAACCAUCUCUCCUACUACUUGUACAACCAUGUGGCAAUGUGGCCUAAAGAUAGUGGAAAGUGGCCAAAAGCAAUCCGUGUCAAUGGACAUCUCCUGUUAAACUCUGAGAAGAUGUCCAAAUCCACUGGCAACUUCCUCACCCUGAGUCAAGCUAUUACCAAGUUCUCUGCAGAUGGCAUGCGCUUGGUCCUUGCUGAUGCUGGGGACACGGUAGAAGACGCCAACUUUGUGGAGGCCAUGGCAGAUGCUGGCAUUCUACGUCUUUACACCUGGGUGGAAUGGGUCAAGGAGAUGAUUGCUAACCAGAACAACUUGAGAACUGGACCUGCGGACACAUUCAAUGACCGGGUGUUUGCUAGUGAAAUGAACUCUGGUAUCAUUAAAACUGAGCAGCACUAUGAGAGGAUGUUGUACAAGGAUGCCUUGAAGACUGGCUUCUUUGAGUUCCAGGCAGCCAAGGAUAAGUACAGGGAACUUGCAAUCGAAGGCAUGCACAGAGACCUAGUGUUCCAGUUUAUCGAGAACCAAACCCUGCUGUUGGCUCCCAUCUGCCCUCACCUCUGUGAAUAUACCUGGUCCCUUCUAGGGAAGACUGACUCUUUGAUGAAGACUAGCUGGCCUGUAGCUGGUCCAGUGGAUGAGAUUCUGAUCCGAUCCUCACAGUACCUGAUGGAGACUGCCCAUGAUCUACGCUUGCGCCUCAAAGCGUACAUGCAACCUCCCAAGAACAAGAAAGGAGACAACAAACCUUCAGUCAAGCCCUCACACUGCACAGUCUAUGUUGCAAAGAGCUACCCACCCUGGCAGCACGGCACCCUCUCUCUCCUAGGCAAGCACUAUAAGAACAACAAUGGAACUUUGCCUGACAACAAGGUCAUUGCUGUGGAGCUGGGUGCCAUGCCAGAACUGAAGAAAUAUAUGAAGCGGUUGAUGCCAUUUGUGGCCAUGAUAAAGGACAACCUGGAAAAGAGCGGACCAAGGGUCCUGGAUCUGGAGCUAGAGUUUGAUGAGCGAGCAGUUCUGUUGGAGAACAUCGUGUAUCUGACGAACUCUCUGGAGCUGGAUCACAUAGACGUGCUGUUUGCCUCUGAGGCUGACGACAAAGUAAAGGAGGACUGUUGCCCGGGGAAACCGUUUAGUGUCUUCAGAUCUGAGCCUGGAGUGUCUGUGUCCCUUCUGAACCCUCAGCCAUCCAACGGUCUCUUUUCUACCCGAAUCGACAUCCGCCAAGGAGACACCAAGGACAGCAUUAUACGCAGACUUUCCAAAACCAAUAGAGCCGUCAAAGACUUAUCCAAAGUGAAGCUGAUGCGGUAUGAGGACCCAGUGCUUGGCCCCCGCAGGGUGCCUGUUUUGGGAAAAGAAGAGCAGGGUAAACUCCCCAUCUCAGACAAGUCUGUUUUUCACAUCAACUUGGAGGACAAGAAGGUACAUUUGAGUGACAACGGCCUCAAGGUGGACAUUGGAGACACUCUUAUCUACCUAGUCCAGUGAGAUUUGGGACUCUUAAUGAGGGGGGGUGAAGACAGCCAUCGCAGUUUCUACAGUUUCUACUCCUUUAAUUGGUCAAUUCUUUCUAAAGUUUCUUCUAAUUGCCGUCUAGAAAUAGUUUGUCCUAAAUGGCUGUUUAGCAUUAGCUAGCACUUAGUCUUCAUGUCGAGCACUAAGGCUAAAAUAGCCUGGAAAGAAGUCAAAACCACUCUUUCUUUCUGAGGUUAGCAGGGACUGCAAUUGGUGAAAAUAACAUGGUAAGCCACACUUGACUGUAACAGUGACCAUUCAGGUCAACGCUGUUUUUCUUUUUUUUCUUUUAUUUGUUUUUUCUGUGGGUGGGG